AUGGGCUUCAAAUCUCGCCUCUCAACCCUCUGGGCACCGCCUCAACUCAACCCCGUCACCAAAAAGGCCCGGUCCAUCCCCCUGCUCAAUCCUCUCGACCGCCAUGGCCGCGUCUUCUUCUUCUCCUGGAUGGGCUUCAUGAUUGCCUUUUGGGCGUGGUACACUUUCCCUCCUCUUCUCACCGUAACAAUCCGAGAAGAUCUUCACUUAACCAAAACCCAAGUCGCCAACUCUAACAUCGUCUCCCUCUCCGCGACCCUCCUCAUCCGCCUCAUCUCCGGCCCCCUCUGCGACGCAAUCGGCCCGCGUAAGGUCUUCGCCCUCGUCCUCUUGCUGGGAAGCAUACCUGUCGGCCUCGCCCCAUUGAUCCACAACGCGGCCGGGCUCUACACAAUCCGCUUCUUCAUCGGCAUCCUCGGCGCGAGCUUCGUGCCCUGUCAGGUGUGGUGCACGCUGUGGUUCGACCGGAAUGUAGUCGGCACGGCAAAUGGGCUCGCCGGCGGGUGGGGGAAUGCCGGCGGCGGCGUGACAUAUUUUAUCAUGCCGGCUGUGUUUGACAGCUUGGUGGGAAAGGGAUUGACGCCUGGGAAGGCGUGGCGGGUAACCUUUGUGGUGCCAUUGGGAGGUGGGCCGACCGCUACAAAGCAAUCGAAGCCAACCUCGCCUUCGCCGCCUCUGACUCAACCGACUCGUCCACCGACACCGAUAAGAUCGUCCCUGUCCCAGGCUCCAUUACCUCCCGCCCUCCAUCCCCCUCCCGCCCAUCCAACUCCGACACUAGCCCCGAGAAAAAGCAAAGCCCCCCUUCCUCUCCCUCCCUCCCCCCGACCCAAGCCAUGUCAUCCCCUUCCUCCCGAAAUUCCCCUCCCCCCUUCCCUCCACACCGCCAUCCCCAUCCUCCUCUCUCCGCAAUGCCUCUUCCACGUUCUAACCUACGCUUGCUCCUUCGGCGGCGAACUCGCCAUCAACGCUGUCCUCUCCUCCUAUUACCUCUCCCUCUUCCCCACCAAACUAACCCAAACAACCGCCUCCAACUACGCCGCCAUCUUCGGCUUCCUCAACUUCCUCACCCGCCCCCUGGGCGGCGUCAUCGCCGACCUCUUGUACAACCUCGCCCCCGCGCGCUACAAGCUCUGGUCCAAGAAGCUGUGGAUUACCACGUGCGGCGUGCUCACCGGCUCCUUGCUCAUCCUCAUCGGGCUGUACAAGUCCCCCUCCUUGGCUGUGACCAUCGCCCUCGUUUGCGUCAUGGCUUUCUUCCACGAGGCAGGGAAUGGGGCGAAUUUUGCUUUGCUGCCACACGUUUUUCCGCAGGCGAAUGGUUUGUUGAGCGGGGUUACCGGAGCGGGGGGCAACUUGGGUGGGGUGGUGUUUGCGAUAGUUUUGAGGUUUAUGGAUGGCGGCACGAAUUAUAGCAAGGGGUUUUGGGUGAUUGGGAUUGUGCAUGUGGUGGUAAAUUUGGCGGUUUGUUGGGUUAGGCCGGUGGCGGAGAGUUAG